AUGGACUUGCAUCCACGGCUACGACGCAAGGCAAAAGAUCAGGCUCUAGACAAUCCAGUUUGGGGACCACUCCGCCAAAACAAACGGGCACGCAAGCACGAACGCUCACCCACUGAUGAUAUUGCACCUAUUCCAAAACGGGUCAAGUCAGUCAAAAGUGGUGGAACGAAAGCAAGCGUGCCAGAACCUCCCCUCAGAACUGGAAAAAGCAAAAGCUGCAAGCGGCCACCACCUCUCGCAUCAGACUCUGAGGACAACAUGGAGGUUAGCCAACCUCAGCGGUUAAAGAAGAGGGCUCGUGUCAGUGUUGAACCGUCAGAUAUUGAUUCGGACACUGCUAGCAAGCAGAGUGUCUCUGAUAGAGCUUCCAGCUCCGAAAUUGAAAUGUCGGACUCAGGAUCAGAGCCAGUCGAGAGCAUCGCAAAAGCUCUGUUUGAAGAGGUUCCUGCAAUUGUCAAUACGCAGGCAGACCGCCAGAAAAAGCCUGCAAAGAGUAAGUCUGGCAGACCUCGGAAGACCAGAUAUACUCUGUCCCGGUCACCAACACCUCCACCACCUGUAUGGGGCUCACAAUACAGGCCUUGGAGUGCGAAAGAAAAGAAAUAUACUGCCGAAAUCCCCAUGUGGGACUCUCCAAUGACGAGGUCAUCCUUUGGACCGCAGCCUCUCAAACACAGUAGCAAGAGCAAUACGCCCUCCUCCGCAGUACAAGUCAAGGAAGAUGAGGAAGACCUUUCCAUCCUCGAAAUCAAACCUGAGCCCGAUGUGCCCCCACAUGCUGACAUGAUGGCUGAUCUUGUCUACACGAAGACUGGGUCAGUGCGACUUACGGACCAGAACACGGAGCUUCGCAAGGUGAUCCAUCAUGGUAUCCUCGAGGUCAAGGCAUACAUUGCCUUCAAGCACGGGUACCCUGAAAUUGUGGCCAAGAACUCAUAUGCGCGGGAAAUCUUACUUCAGGCUGCGAAGCACCACAAGACAGCGCCAAUUGAGAAACGGAUGUAUGUUGAUGAUGAGUAUUUGUCGGCACUUGCCAAUCUAAUUGAUGCUCGUGCGAGCCUCUUCCGCACUGAAAUCAAGGACGUCGCCUAUAAAUAUGCCCCAGGCUACUUUCGACUCGGCCGUGACUGCAAUGCUAUCGUUGACCGUCUCCUUGCGGGUCAUUCCUACAUUUUUCCGCAGACAUUUGAUGCUGAGGGUCUUCCUUCUCCAAAACGACAGAAGCCAUAUCAAGGGCAGCCCAUAGUCGACACUCUAUACGAGACAUUCUUCAAAAACACGAAGUCAGUUGAAAUCCCUAUCCCCAUGUUGGCCAUGGUCAGCACAGCUAUCCAUGCUGUUCUCGUUGCAAAGAAGAACAAGGCAGGUGAAGAUUUCAAGUUCACUGGUAACCAAUUCUGUGAUAUCUAUACAUACCACGUGGCAUUGUUGGAGAGAAUCCGAAGGACGGCUCCUGUCAAGUUUCACAAAAUGAUGGCCGAUAUUUACGAGGAGGUCCAGCAUUUACGUCGUGACACAAUUGGAGUCUAUGACAAAGAUACCGAUCUAGCAUUCUUGGACCUUGAGGGAAUGGAUGACGAGUAG